UAUUCAAUAAAACAGUUACAGUGGCAACGAGAUCCAGUUUGUUAAAAUGGCGAUGACAGGAUUAAUACAAGAGUCAGGCUAGUAACUAGCUUGAUAGAAAUCAAUGCUGUCAUGGAGGAGUUGGUAGAGGAUGACAUCUGUAUUUUGAACCAUGAAAAAGCAGACAACGCUCAUAAGAGAGACGGGGAGAUUCCUGUUUCAUCUUACAGUGGAGAUGAGUCUGUUGCCUCACACUUUGCACUUGUCACUGCAUAUGAAGAUAUCAAGAAACGACUAAAGGAGACGGAGAAGGAGAACUACUUCUUAAAAAAAAGAGUGAGAAUUCUAGAAGAGAAGCUGCUGGGCUCCCGACUGGAAGAGGAAUGCAGUUCAGCUGGACGUGAACAAGUGAAUAAGGCAUACCAGGCUUAUCGAGAGGCCUGCAUUGACCGAGAUAAUCUGAAAAGCAAACUGGAUAAAAUGAUGAAAGAAAGUGCGGAAUCCUUGAAAACCUUGAAUGAACAGUUGCAGUCUAAAGAAGUAGAGCUGUUACAACUAAGAACUGAAGUGGAAACUCAACAAGUGAUGAAAAAUCUGAAUUGUACUCAGUCCAGCUGGGAAAUAGAGAAGCUGAACAGUGACCUGAAAGUGCAUAGUCUGGAACAGGAUCUAGAAAACCUCAAGCAAGAGUGCAACAGUCUCAGAAAGGAGUUGCAAAAAUCCAAGCAGAAGGACCAGGCUCAAGAUGAAAAUCCAUUAAAUGGAGACCUCCUUCGAAGGCAAGACAUCCAGAGUGUGCAACAGGCAUAUUGGGAGCUGAAGAGAGAAAUGUCUAAUUUGCAUCUAGUGACUGACGUACAAGCCGAGGUUCUACGAAAACUGAAAACAAACCCAACAGCGACCACGAAAGCUUCCUCUACUGCACCGGUACAACGUGUUGACUUGAACAUUUCAAAGCUGAACUUGACAUCUGGGGUAGUCUAUAAGAAACUCUCACAAAAUGAUAAAGUACUCUGCAAUGCUGUGUCUCCCUCUCUCCUGAGAGACCUAAAAAUCCCAUCUGAAAGGGUGACUCUACAAGCAUGGACAAAUGAGAGACCCAUUCCAGUUGACGGCAAAACAUUUCAGGAACACCAUUCUUAUGGAAAGAGCUCUCUGGAAGAUAAUUCCUGGGUAUUCCCAAGUCCUCCAAAGCCUAAUGAGAAUGUGUUUUGGGAAAUGAAAAAUAAACCAACCUUGUUAAACUGUCCAGCAGACUACCUGGAUCAGUGUAAUCAAAACUGUCUGCACAAGAGUUAAACAAUUUUUAGAGUGAACUGAGGCUUUUUUAGGAUGGUUCUGAAUAGGCACCUUAACGCUUGAACUUUUAAAGAGGGAGAACAAACCGUCUUUAAUGUUCGUUCUUUAUUUUUAACUCUAGCUCCAAAACAGAAAGCCCAGUCUUCCUCUGCUGUAAAUCAGGAGCAAGUUCCUUGAAGUUAAAGCUGUGCUGGUGUAAUGUAAAUACAAAGAAAUCUAGCUUGGGGCCUAGAUAGUCUUGUACUGCAAAUGGCAUACAUUUGCAAAAGGUUACACUGAAAAGUGAGUUCUUGGAAUAAAACAAAGUAAUCUGGUUCUGUAUUUGUCUGCUAUUUGUAUGUUAUCGAGAAAAUACUUGGUAUCCUGCGUUAAGACUUGUACCAGCUCUGAGCUUAUGUUUUGACAGUGGGUUUUCUCAGAGUAAGACAUAAAAUGAAGAAUUGGAUUCUCUCUCCCUUCCUCCUUUCAAUUAACUUUUCUGAUUCCUCUGGUUUAGAAAUGCAUUUUUAUGUAACUUUUAACCAAGAAAGGUGAGACUUUUUUUUUUUGGUCAAAAUCUCGAUUUAUAUUAGAUAGUGGCAAGAGAAAAAUCAUUCCUAGGCUAUCCUGUUUAGAUUGCACCAUUUUGGGCCUUACUGUGAAUUAUAAAGGGUGGUACGUAAUGCUGCUGAACACUGUGAAUCCUGGAUGUUCAGCUUGUUUCCCUCAGUUCACGCUGUAGGAAACCGACUUAAUCCUGCGCACAGUGGUGCCUGCCACAGAAUCAUCCCGUUCACAGCGCAGUUAUCCUUAUUGUGCCUCCUUUGCACAGCACCAGAACCUUGACUUUGUAUUUGUGUGGUGGUGAAGGCUACUAACUUUUCUUUUAUUAAAGAAACAAAGCCUUAAUUUAAUCGGACUAGGUGUUGUAGCAUUGUUGAUAUAUAUAAGAAGUAUUUUUGUGGUAUCUUUAGUAUGCCAAUAAGAACUAGAGUUAUUUGAAUUGCAACUGCCUGCUUUAUAGACUGUGGGUGUCUAAGUACUUUUUUUUUUCCUCUUAAGGCCAAGAACUGUUUUUAGACAAAUACAAUUUAUGCCUCUUUUUUUUUUUUUUUCAACUGCUCUGCUUCAUAUCUGGCUUAAUACAACAGGGUUAAGUGAAAUGCCUUUGACUGCUCAAUACAUUGAAGAAAAAUGCUUUGUAUUUUAGAUCUAUGGUACCGAACUUGUAAUGGGUGGGGAGACACUUAAUACUAAGUAUGUUAUUUACAGAUGUGUGGGUGGGUGAAGUGUUCGACUUCACAGGUCCAGCUUAAGAUCAGUGUAAUAAAAAUUAAUUUCUCAGCUUUUUAGUAGCAAAUUAUCUUAAAACUGCUUGCAAAUACACGAGGAAACUAUGACUGUAGCACAGCCGUAGUAAUGAUGGGCUGUAGAAGUGUUGCCGAAGUGCUGCAUGACCUGUGUGGUUCCAGACACUUUCCUCCCUGUGGAGUAAGUACUUCAUCUGAUGCCCAUCUUCUCUUCCUCUUUCGGUCUGUCUAUCAAAGUUGAAAAAAAUGCCUUCCAGAUACCUUCUACUGUAUUAGUGAACAGCAUACAUAAAUAAUGUUUCCCAUUCACCAGCUACUGUUUUUAUCUUUCUAUUAUCUUGCUCACGUAUACUGGCUUGUCUGUGAUUAAUGGAAAUGGUGUCAGAUGCUGGAAUUUAUUCUGACCAAUGAACACAGCUGACUCAGGGGAGUAAAAUCUCUUGGAAAGUAAUAGAACAAAACCCAAUAUGCAUAAAACAAAUCCAAGUCACUGGGCUUUAGCUGAUAGAACCAACUACCUGUGUAAUAACAAAGCAGCAGAAAACAUUUCUCAUGUGGCUGCAUAAGCUAUAUGGUCUCUAGUUCUAAUGUAGCUUACUUUUGGGGGGUUCCCCACCUCAACAUUACAGAGGUUUUUUAUUAAGUAAGUAAUGUAUUAUCCAACAGACAUCAACGGGAUUAAUACUUUGAUUUGUGCAAUGAAGGAAUUCUACUGUGUAAGAUUUUAAAUAAAUUUAUUUUUGUUUG